AUGUUGGGCUCAAAUCUCGUCCCGAUUAUUAUGAAAUACUUAAAAUCCCGCAAUCGGCAGAUCUCAACACAGCCAAGGCGAGUUAUAGACCACAUUUACUACCUUCAAGAAGCAUACUCAACCCUCAUCGAUUCCAUCAAGCGUAGGAAUUAUGACGCAUAUUAUGCUCCUACGACCUCGUCACGAACGGCGAAUGCAUCUAAAAUGGACCAGGCCGAAAUUAGACAAUGGCACAUCCAACUACAAAAUCUCAAGAAGGCUAAUAUUGCAAGGGAGAAGGCAAGAGAAGAACAGGAGAGAAGAAGAAAGGAGUCAGAUGAAAUCCUGCGCGAAACUAUAAACAGAGUGAGAAAGGAGAAGGACGAAUUUGGCGAAUACAUGCACCAAGUUUUCGAAGAAAUGAGAGAGGCACAAGCCCAAAAACCAUCUCAGCAAGCCGAGAAAGAAAGGACCAAAAAGGACUCACACGCAAAGAUUCGGGCUGAGAACAAACAGAAAUUUCGUACUACUCACUGGUAG